UUCUCUUAGCGUCUGGCAAAUCGGUUCCCCAGAGUGACGCACAGCUCAGCAACUGCGACCUCCACGGGCCACUGACUGCUCCACUGCUGCUGCUUCUCCCCAUUCGGCUCAACCAUCUCGCUCUCUCGACUCUCUUCCCUCUCUGGCCCCAACUAUCAAGACCUCACUCAUCAGAUCUCUGGGAUCCCAUUCUCAUUCAUUCUUGCUCAGUUCUGGCUGUUCUUUUGCUUUUCCUGGUCAGUUGCGCCUCUCUGCCUUCAGACGCCAACCGCCAAACCGGGAGGCUCUAGCUUCAUCCGUACCGUACAGUUGCAGUACAUCCUCAAUCUUCAUCUUCAUCCUUAUCCUCAUUCCAUUCCCAUUCUCUAACUCUUUCUCCUCUCAUUCUCUGAAUCCACUAUCCAUUCAUUGCUCCUCCAUAUUCCUCUACCCCCCCACACCGCCACCAUGUCUCCCAACCUCAAAACCAUGGCCCCCCUCCCCCGGAGCUACAAAACCGGCCCCGUCACCGUCGAAGUCCCCGGUGCCGAACCCAUCGACGGUGAGACUCUCCCCCGCCGCCACAUCCGUGCCAAAGACGGCCUCAAAACCUGCCCCACCGAUGACGUCUCCACCAUGUACGAGCUGCUCAAGUACGCGUCCUCGAAGUUCGGCAACGCGAAGGCCGCCGGCACCCGAAAGCUCAUCAAGGAGCACAAGGAAAUCAAGAAGGUGAAGAAGAUUGUGGACGGCGAGGAGACCGAGGUGGAGAAGACCUGGUCGUUCUUCGAGGUCAGCCCGUAUAGCUAUGUGAGCUUCGUGGAGUUUGAGACCAUCGCGUUGCAGAUGGGGGCUGGUUUGAGGAAGUUGGGGUUGGAGGCGGGGGAUAAGUUGGAGUUUUUUGCCGCAACUAGCUCGCACUGGCUCAUGACCGCUCAUGGUGCAUUGUCGCAAUCCAUGCCCAUCGUCACCGCAUACGACACCCUCGGUCCCGAAGGCGUCCGCCACUCCCUCCUGCAAACCAGCGCGAAAGCCAUCUACUGUGACCCGGCUCUCCUCCCCCAACUCCACAUGCCGCUCAAGGACGCCACCUCGCUCACCCACGUCAUCUACGACACCGCUGUGGAGGUCAAGCGGGAGGACAUCGACAACCUCAAGGCCGCGUUCCCCCACAUCACCGUCCAUAGCUGGGAGGAGCUGCGGAAAUUGGGCGAAGACAACCCCAUCGAUCCCAUCCCUCCGAAGCCCGAAGAUUUAUGCUGCGUGAUGUACACCUCCGGAUCGACCGGACCACCGAAGGGCGUGUUAGUGAAGCACAGCAGCGUCGUCGCCGCAAUCGCCGGUGUCGACGUCAUCGUCGGCCCCUACCUCGGCCCCGGCGACGUCCUCCUCACCUACCUCCCCCUCGCGCACAUCCUCGAAUUCGUGUUCGAGAACGCCGUGCUCUUCUGGGGCGGCACCAUGGCGUACGGCAACCAGCGCACCCUCUCCGACGUCAACAUGCGCAACUGCGCCGGCGACAUCCGCGAGGCCCGCCCUACUAUCCUCGUCGGCGUUCCCGCCGUCUGGGAAUCCGUCAAGAAAGGCAUCAUCGGGAAGGUGAACGCUGGGAGCGCCAUAACGAAGAACUUGUUCUGGGGCGCCAUGGCGGCGAAGUCGUUCCUGACGUCGAAGGGGUUGCCGGGGACCGCGGUGCUGGAUGCGGUGGUGUUUAGUAAAGUGCGGGAGGCGACCGGAGGGAGGUUACGAAUCGCGCUGAAUGGCGGUGGGCCGGUGGCGAGGGACACGCAGAGAUUCAUCUCCAUGGCCGUGACGCCGAUGAUCCUCGGCUACGGGCUGACGGAGACCACUGGCAUGGGCGCCCUCAUGGACCCCUUCUCCUGGACGACCGAAGCCCUCGGCGAGAUCCCCGCCUCCGUCGAGAUCAAGCUCAUCGACUUCCCCGACGCCGGCUACUCUACCGCCAGCACCCCGCCCCAAGGCGAGAUCCUGAUCCGCGGGGCCCCCGUCUCGUCGGGGUACUUGGAUCUGGAGGAGGAGAACCGCACCGAGUUCACCGCGGACGGCUGGUUCCGGACGGGGGACAUCGGGGAGUUCUCGGACCGUGGGGAGCUGAAGAUCAUCGAUCGGAAGAAGAACCUGGUGAAGACGCUGAAUGGGGAGUAUAUCGCGCUGGAGAAGCUCGAAUCCAUCUACCGCGCCUCCCCCGUCGUCUUCAACAUCUGCGUGUACGCCGCCGCCGACAAGCACAAGCCCAUCGCGAUCAUCGUCCCCGUCGAGAAGGCGCUCAAGGAGCUCGCGGGGAGCCUGGGCAUCGCGGGCGAGCAUCUGGAGGAUCUUGUGCACGACAAGAAGCUCAUCUCCGCCGUGCUGAAGGAGCUGCUCGACGUGGGAAGGAAAGGGGGGUUGCGGGGGAUCGAGUUGAUCGAGGGGGUGGUGUUGGCGGAUGAGGAGUGGACGCCGCAGAAUGGCCUGAUCACCUCUGCGCUAAAACUACAGCGCAAGCCCAUCGUCACGAAAUACGAGAAGGACAUCAAGCAGGCCUACUCCAGUUCGUCCUGAUAACUCCGCUCCGCGCGGGUGAGAUGUUGGAGAACGCCCCCUCCUAAAAUCCUGGAUUCCGGGUCUUUCGACACGCGACUCACGUAUAUGCACGCCACUUCGUCACGCCCUGGGUCCGCCUCAUAACUCUUUCUCUCCUUGCAAGAGCUCCUGUUUCGCCAUUUUAACUUUUCGGUUCUUAUUAGCGCGUGAUGGGGAGGGCGAAGCUGACGCCGCCAAAAGAAGAAACCUUGGUGUUAUUGUUUGCAACCGCCUGUUUUUUUUGAUAUUGAUGACGGGUGACAGGUGCGAAGGAUUUGUUGGUUUCUGUACCACUAUGGACUAGCGUUUAUAUCUCUUCUUUAUUUUCCCACCUGUAGUUGAGAAACGGGAAGGCUAAUACCAAGAUCCUCA